AUGCCGGUGAAUAAAAAGAAGAGAAAGGCGCAAAAUCUUGGUAUACAUGCUCAGAAACAAGCCAAACGCCAGCGUGUGUUACUAGUGCUAGACAGCGAUGAUGAAAGUUCAUCCAAUGAGAACCACUUCCCUCACGAGUCCUCCGCCACCAUUAUUACUUCCGAGUCAGAGGAGUCGGAAGACGAGCCAAGUUAUGAAUGGCCCGACACUGAUGAGGUGCUCGAAGUUCAAGAAGAGAGCGACAUUCCCCAUCCAAAAAGCACCCAAUCCCUUCUUGAAUGGCUCGAGCUCUGUGACUUAGCACUGCCAGAGUCAGGAAGAGUGCUCCAUUCAGACUCUCGACAACACCCUACAAUCCAUGUCAGCGCAGGACCAAAACGGAGAGGACCAUAUUACAAAACCCAGAUUGGAAAACAACCUUCAAAGCGAAGAGAACAGUCACUUGCGAAGGCUGAAAGGGAACGCGAGCAACGAGAAGAUAAUGAUGACAAGAGAACCAAGGUGAAACAGUCGACACUCUUCCAGAGUUUUGCCAAGUCCACACAUUCCAAGCCACGGGUUAUCGAGCUGAGUAGCGACUCAGAAGCUGGCAGUGACGGUGACUUGGACAAGGACAGUCAGCCGGUGGUGAAUGUGGAACAAAUCAGGGAUGAGGAAAUGGACAAGCCGAUAGAGGAUGAAUAUUGGUGCGAGGAUGUGAUGAUUUUGGAUGGGAACGAGCUUGAAGAAGAACAUGUGGAGGGACUCGGAAGCCAGUCGGUGUUUGGAGAGAGAGGCCUGUCGUGUCCCAUCCCAUCUGCCACAUUCGACAACGAAGCUGAUGCAACGCCCAUCACAACUCCAGUGAAAGUUGGAGAAGCCGAGGAGAAAUCAGAUGGGGAAGGGAAUCCAAGAGAGACGAGGCGGAAGGUGACGGUGGAGGAAAUUGAGGACGACUAUGAGGGUGGUGCAGAGAUCACGACUGAACCUGCUCAAUUAUCAGCACAAGAGCGAGCGGAAGAAGGACUAGAUGACGAACCUUGGGACCCAUCGCAGGAGGUGCACCCUCACGCUCUUUACCCGCCUGCGACACCUGCUGAAGUUCUUGCAACCUCACCGCAACAGCCACCUUCGCCGCCUCAGCACUCAGAACCACUUGCAUACCCGCACUCCCAGCACGGCUUUACCAUGCCAAACCGCACCAAGCCGCGUCAAGUUCCUGCCCAGAUUCCAUCGAAUAAUGCUGUCGUUGAUGCGAUUCAAAAUCUCGAAGAUCUUUUGCGGCGCGACGGCGAAAUGGCACUGGACGGAUUCGUGCAAAACUCGAUCUUGUCAUCCAGGCUCGUUUGGAGGCGGUGCAACUCAGAGCUGAUUGCACGAGCGGGGGGGAAGAUGGGGGCGCAAACGUGGUUGGGAAGGAAACUGAGGGAGUGGUCAAUCGCGUUCUGCAAAGAUAAAAAGAACAUACCUUCACACAAAUAUGGUCGCUUCAGUGCCUCGAUGCUUUCGGAUGAAGACAUUGCAGCCGACAUCCAUCUCCACCUCCAAUCCCUUGAGUUCCAAGCUCGUUUGCGUGUCAAACGUGACAUAUCCGUUCGUACAGCACAGAAUUGGAUGCACAAAAUGGGUUAUCGAUGGAGGAAGGAGCCGAAAGGAAUGUAUUCAGAUGGACAUGAGCGAGCUGACGUUGUGGACUACCGCCAGAAUGUCUUCUUGCCGAAGUGGAGGGAAAUCGAGGCUCGCUCACGUUGGUGGACACCUGACGCAACAUUCGAUACAGUCGAUUUCGAAUGUCGACAGAGGCUGUUCUUGAGUAAGGAAGUCGAUGUCCGUCCGAACACCACAUGGAGGCAAGACGAGUCCACCUUCUAUGCUAAUGACCGGCGAACAUUGCGUUGGGUCCAUGAGUCGGAGACAGCAACGUUGAAGGCAAAGGGAGAGGGAGCGAGUGAUAUGAUCGGCGACUUUGUGUCACCAGAGUAUGGCUGGCUGCGAUCAAAGAAACUAAAUGCCGCAGGGUUUGUUGGCCAUGAACUUGCUGUUGAAUUGAACUGA